AUGGGGACCAUACAGCCGCAGUCAUCGCUCAAUAUCAACAACCCCUUCCGGACUCGAAUCCUCAACGGCCAGAUUACACCACUCAUGUCCAUAAAAUUCAUCACGGGCAAUGAAAUCCCCAUGAUGUGCAAGAUGGCCGGCGUCUACGCCGUCUUCAUCGAUAUGGAGCACUCCUCCCUCGAUAUACGCACCAUAGCCCAGCUCAUUCUCGCCUGCAACUACGCGGGUGUCUCCCCCGUCGUUCGCUCGCCAUCCAAAUUGCACUGGCACAUCAGUCGGAUACUAGAUGCCGGAGCUGCGGCCGUUGUGGUCCCUCAUGUUGAAACGAUUCAGGAAGUGAAGGAUAUAGUGAGGCAUGCCAAGUUUGCGCCACUGGGUACCAGGGGUUGCACAAAUAACCAGCCGGUGAUGAAUUUUCAGCACGUUCCAACAAUUCUUCAGAAUGCGAUCCUGAAUGAACAGACUAUGGUUAUUCCUAUGAUUGAGACGCCUGGGGCGGUGGAUAUUGCGGAUGAGAUUUUUGCGGUGGACGGUGUUGAUGGAGUACUGGUUGGGUCGAAUGAUUUGUGUACGGACUUGGGGAUCCCCGGAAAAUACGAUAAUGAGCUUUACCAAGAUGCUGUGAGCAAGGUUAUUACUGCUGCCAACAGGGCUAACAAGCCCGUUGGUAUUGGUGGAAUUGGAAGCAGGUUGGAUAUUCUAGAGAAAUGGUUUAAGAUGGGAGCGACCUGGUCUUUGAGUGGUCAGGAUGCUUCCAUGAUUCAGGCGGGCUUGAAGAAGAUGAGCAAGGAAUAUGCGGAAAUUGAUGAGCGGUUGCAGAAGCAGUCUUCGGCCCAAUAG